AUGGAAAUGGUUCAAGGAAUAGAUCUAUCUGGAAAUCAAUUAUCUAGUUUCAUUCCUAGUGCUAUUGCAAGUUGUAGUGCACUAGAAUAUCUUGACCUGUCUCAUAACAUUUUUGAAGGCCCAAUUACAGAUUCAGUUUCCAAGCUGCGAAAUCUCCAAGAAUUGGAUAUUUCCAACAACAAAUUGUCUGGUACAAUACCAGAAUCUCUUCAGAAUCUAACGGUACUGACCAUUCUAAAUGUAUCAUUCAAUUUGUUGAAAGGAGAAAUUCCUAAAGCAGGACCAUUUACAAAGCUCACGGCGUCAUCAUUCAGAGGAAACCCUGAACUCUGUGGGCAAUGGAUAUUUUCAUUACCAGCAUGUCCAAGUGCAGGAUCAUCUGGACGCCUCUGGAACUUCCAUAAAUUGUUUAAAUACAUCACUUUUGUUAUCUCCUUUCUAGUUGUAUACUGCUUGUAUGUUUCACUUUUGUACAGAUAUUUCUUUGGGAAGAGAAACGUGGAACAACCAUCAAUAGAGUUUCCACAUCCUAGAAUCUCAUAUAAGGAGCUCAGUACUGCAACUAAUGGAUUUGCCAAGGGCAACUUGCUAGGAGUUGGUGGUGUUGGCUCUGUAUAUAAAGGAGUUUUGGAUAAUGGAACAUUGAUAGCUGUUAAGGCUCUCAAUUUGGAGGAUGAAGCAGCUCAUAAAAGUUUCAACAUUGAAUGCCAAGUGCUUGGUAAAACCAGACACCGAAAUAUAAUAAAACUCAUAACUUCAUGCUCUAAUCUUGACUUCAAAGGUUUGGUUUUUGAGUUCAUGUCUAAUGGAAGCCUGGAAAGGCAUUUGCAUUGUGAUGCUGGCAAGUGUAAUAUUGGGGGUGUCUGUAAAAUGGAUUUACAGACGAGUACAGAUAGCCAUGGACGUUGCCCGUGGCUUGGCAUAUCUCCAUCAUGA